CGCCGGCGCGGGGCGGGAAGCGGUGCCCGCCCUGCGCUUGGCGGAGGGGAGCCGCGGCCAUGGCGGCCCGUGCCGCGCUGCAGCGGAGCGUUGUGUCCCCGGCGGGCAGUCACCGCGCCUCGGUGAUCCUGCUGCACGGCUCAGGUGACACUGGCCCAGGAGUAAGAGCGUGGAUCAAACAAGUUCUGAAUCAGGAUUUGGUUUUCCAGCAUAUAAAAGUAAUUUAUCCAACAGCUCCUGCCAGACCGUAUACACCUAUGAGAGGGGCCCUCUCCACUGUGUGGUUUGACAGAUGGAAGAUCUCUAAUGAGUGUCCAGAACACAUUGAAACCAUUGAUUCAAUGUGUCAGGUGCUUACAAACGUGAUUGAUGAUGAGGUUAAAAAUGGCAUCAGCAAGAAUAGGAUAAUUUUAGGAGGUUUUUCCAUGGGAGGUGGCAUGGCAAUGCAUUUAGCGUACAGGUAUCAUCAAGAUGUGGCUGGAGUCUUUGCUCUUUCUAGCUUUCUCAAUAAGACAUCUGCUGUUUACCAGGCUUUACAGAAAAAUGAAAGUGUCCUUCCUGAAUUAUUUCAGUGUCAUGGAACAGCUGAUGAGUUAGUUCUGCACUCGUGGGGUGAAGAGACCAACAAGAUGUUAAAAUCAUUGGGAGUAGCAACAUCUUUUCAUAGUUUUCCAAAUCUUAAACAUGAGUUACACAAAACUGAACUGGAAAAAUUGAGCUCCUGGAUUGUAAAGAAAUUGCCUGUGGAGACAGCAAUGUCAAAUGAAUAAAUGAAAUUAACUUAACAUUUCAAAAUAACAUGUUUAUGUAUGGCAAGGGCUUGCCUACACUAACAGUUAAUGUACAGCAGGCUAGUGUGAGGUAAAUCUGCAACCCAGCUUGCCACGCACUAAGUGUCUGUGUGGAUCCUGCUGCCUCACUAGUUUCCUAGUGUACUUUUCCCUAGUGUCUACCCUGCUUUGAAACAGAAGUAGAUCAAAGUGCACAGUGAAUGUUUAGUAAAUAGCAGCAUGGUCCACAUGGACAGUUAGUGCAUGGAAAACUAGUGUGUGUGUCUAUUGCACACUAGCCUGCAUCACACUGACUGUUCAUAUACACAAGCCCUAAGAGUGUGCAUCAUCUAUUUCGUAAAUAUAAAUCCAGCUUCGUAUAGACACUGAUGUUAUAUACAACUUUCUUACAACCUAGCCCGGAUGAUUCAUAGAUUCAUAGAUUCUAGGACUGGAAGGGACCUCGAGAGGUCAUCGAGUCCAGUCCCCUGCCCGCAUGGCAGGACCAAAUACUGCCUAGACCAUCCCUAAUAGACAUUUAUCUAACCUACUCUUAAAUAUCUCCAGAGACGGAGAUUCCACAACCUCCCUAGGCAAUUUGUUCCAGUGUUUAACCACCCUGACAGUUAGGAACUUUUUCCUAAUGUCCAACCUAGACCUCCCUUGCUGCAGUUUAAACCCAUUGUUUCUGGUUCUAUCCUUAGAGGCUAAGGUGAACAAGUUCUCUCCCUCCUCCUUAUGACACCCUUUUAGAUACCUGAAAACUGCUAUCAUGUCCCCUCUCAGUCUUCUCUUUUCCAAACUAAACAAACCCAGUUCUUUCAGCCUUCCUUCAUAGGUCAUGUUCUCAAGACCUUUAAUCAUUCUUGUUGCUCUUCUCUGGACCCUUUCCAAUUUCUCCACAUCUUUUUUAAAAUGCGGCGCCCAGAACUGGACACAAUACUCCAGCUGAGGCCUAACCAGAGCAGAGUAGAGCGGAAGAAUGACUUCUCGUGUCUUGCUCACAACACACCUGUUAAUGCAUCCCAGAAUCAUGUUUGCUUUUUUUGCAACAGCAUCACACUGUUGACUCAUAUUUAGCUUGUGGUCCACUAUAACCCCUGAUGAUAAACUACUGAUACUUACUAUGUUUUUACUGUCCAGUAUGCAAAACAUGGAAGCUACAACAUUCUGUGGAAGUUACGGAGAGUAUUAAAACCAUUUAUAAAUGGUCCAAACUAUUUUCAAAACUUUAAUAUAUAUUGUUCCAUGAUUUUCCAGAUCAUCCUGUUUUUGUUCCAAGAUGGAAAAAUCUGUAAUAGAUUUUUUUUUAAGUAUAAAAAUAACGUUACAGUCUACAAACAUAGCCGUGUGUAAUAUAAGGCAAGUUACACUUGAGGAAAAAAUUAUGGCGCCAUUCCUGCAAAGGCUUAAGCGUGUGCUUAACUUUAUGCACUGAGUAGUCCCAUUGGCUUCAAAAAGACUUACAGUAUGUAAAGUUAAACACACACGUACAAGGUUGUACUGCACUUCACAGAAAUCAUUGAGGUUUGUGUUAAAAUGAGAAGUCUUUAGCUUCAGCACUGAUGCUUGUUAUGUACUAUCAUUGUGGUGAUAUUUAGAAAUCUAGUUUUGGAAUUGCUGUUAAAGCCGGAUUUGUUUUUUUGUUUGUUUUUGGUUUUUUUAGGCAGAGGGAAUAAUGGACAGAAAGAUGCCAUAAUGUUUCUUAAAUAUACCCUGUUUUUGGAGGGGAAAAAAAAUUCUUUGGGAAGAGCGUCUGUAGAGACUUAUAUUUGUGUCAACUAUUUUGCAGCCUGCAGGAUCACGUUUUAAACUAAAAGAUGAGGACACUUGAGUCCUCAGUGUGCAUUUAAACGAGCUGUAAAUAACAAUGAUUGUGAUAUAAAGAAACCUCGUGUCCCCAUUAUUUAUAUUCAA